UGUAACAUCCGUACCGCACGUUCCCCCACGCGCGUUAAUUGUUUCGUCUCCGGUAAAGAAGUGAGCGGGACCCACGGAGCCCCACCAUGGAGCCGGACUCAUCCGACCCCAAUACGUCCAAAACCGACAUGCUGAGAGGAGUCAUCGCCGAGAAGCUCACCUUGGCCGCCCGGGAGAUCUUAGCGGUGGUGGAGAAGACUGUAGCCGACUACGAGGAGGAGGCUGUGGGUUUCAGGCAGGAGAUUGACCGGCAGAGGAGAUUGCUGGAGCUCCUGCAGCCUGAAGUCAAGUUAGAGGCUUUAGAUGACCAGCAGCAGUUUUCCCUUUGUGAGGCUGGAGGAGGUCGACUACCAGAAGAUCAGGAGCAGCAGAAAUAUGAGCCGAGGGUGGAGGACAGCCAAAGCCUGGGAUUCUCAGGCUACAGUGAGGAACAAAUAGAGGAAGACGAACAUGAAGAUGAGGAUGAGGAGGAGGAGGAGAUGGCACAGCAAUGUUAUGAAGCAGCACCACGGUUACAAGAUACAGACACACUCCUCGUGCCUUCCACGGUUCAGACUGACAGACGGAGAGCAGACAGACCUUGGAUCAGUGAAACGCAGAGUUUCGUGGACCUCAGGAUCCGCAUCCUGGACUCGAUGAUCGACGUGCUUUCAAAGAGGGUGUUUCAGAAGUACCCACUUCAUGAGCUGCAGUGUCGUCGUGGCCUUCAGGAGGCCGACUUCCUGCAUCUGCUUAGGUCAACCUUCCCCCAGCUGGCUGCUGAUGAACCUUUUGACGUUUUUAUAACUGACAACACCAGAAAGCUGCAGCCUCUGAAAAUAGACUUGUGGACUCCGGAGGCGAUCGAGAGGACCAUCAGGGCAAAUGGGAAUUCUGCCCUCUACAUCCGCCUGAAGAAUCAGCAGAGUUUAGAAGCUGAAGAGGAGCUUCAGCCAUUGCACGGAAAUAAAGAUGCUGCUGAGCACAUGAGGAAGAGGGCGGGCAGACCUGGGUUCAGGAAAACACAGACGCAUGUAAAGAUCAGAAUCCGCAUCCUGGGUAAAAUGAAAUCUGACGUGCUCUCAGCCAGAGUGUAUCAGAUGUGCCCGCUUCAUGAGCUAAUGUGCCCUCGGGGUCUACAGGAAGCUGACUUCGUGGACCUGCUGAGGUCCACCUUCCCUCAGCUGACUGCUGAUGAACCUUUUGACUUCUUUGUGACUGACAAAAGCAGAAAACUGAAGCCUCUGAAAGUACGGUCACUGACGACGGAGGAGGUGGAGAGGGUUACAAGGACUUCUACGCUCUACAUCCGACUGAAGCCGUCGGAGGAAGUACAGUCUGCUAGGAGGAAACCUACCAAAUCUGAGCUCAGUGAGCCAUUCACACAUGUGGAUUUCAGGGUCCGGAUCCUGGAGGACCCUCUGAUGGAGGUGCUCACACCCCAAGUGUUUCUGAAAAGCCGCAUUCAGGAGCUGCGGUGUCCUUAUGAUCUACAGGAGGCUGAUUUCCUGGACCAGCUGAGGUCUUCCAUCCCUCAGCUGGCUGCAGGUAAACCUUUUGACAUCCUCACUGCUGACAAAAGCCGGGUACUGCAGCCGCUGAGUGUGGACACGCUGACACCGGCGGAGAUCCACAGAGCCAUCACCUUAAGGAGAAACACUACUCUCUUCGUCCGACUGAAGGGAGCCGGUCCGUCCACCCCAAAUCCAACCAGAAUGGACACCAGAGUUCAGUCUGACAAGAAGAACCUGGGCAAGCCUCAGCUCAGUCGAUCAGACUCCCACGUAGAUCUGAAGAUCUGCAUCCUGGAGGACUCUCAGAUGGAGGUGGUCGCACCCCAAGUAUUUCAGAACUACCCACUUCACAAACUGCGGUGUCACCGCAGCCUGCAGGAGGACGACUUUCUGGAACUGCUGAGGUCCACCUUCCCUCAGCUGGCUGCUAACGUACCUUUUGACAUCCUCACGGUUGACAAAAACAGGAAACUGCAACCUCUGAAUGUGGAGUCACUGACUCCAGAGCAGGUCUACAAGGCCAUUGAUUCAUCAAGGAUCAAUACCCUCUUCAUUCGACUGAAGGCACCAGAGAAAGUCCAGGUUGGUGCGAGGAAGCUUGAACACCUGCAGAAAAAAGUGGACACAGCUACAGAGUCGUCAUUUUUACCUGAACAAACUGUGAUGCAUGUGAGGGAUCAGUCCGACAGGAGGAAGCCUGGUAGGCCUCGGAUUAGUCAAUCAAGCUCCCAUGUAGAUCUCAGGAUCCGCUUUGUGCAGGACUGGGAUGUCAAUGUGAUUUCACCUAAAGUGUAUAAUAAGUACCCGCUUCAUUACCUGAAGUGUCCUCGAGGCCUGCAGGAGGCCGACUUUGUGGAACUGCUGAAGUCCACCUUCCCUCAGCUGGCUGCUGAUAAACCUUUUGACGUCCUCACAGCUGACAGGAACAGGAGACUGCAGCCUCUAAAAGUAGAGCCAUUGACUCCAGAGGAGCUGUACAGAGCCAUCAAGGCGAGUGGGAACAUUGUCCUCUUCGUUCGACUCAAGGCACCUGAGGGAGUCCAAACUAGUGCGAAAAAGCUUGACCUACAGAGAAAAGUUGACGGCACUGAAGAGUCUCCGUCCUUUACCGAGCAAACUGGGCUGCACAUGGGAAGCCCUCAUCAACCGGAAGAAAAUCCAGUGAACAUUUUCUCCAACAGCUCAACAUCACGUCACAAAGAUGUGGAGCUGAAGGAAUCUGAGGGUGGUUUGGAGUACACUGGUCUCUCGACCUUGCAAUCUUUAAUACUUUAUGAACACAACGAGUUGAGUGAUGGGCUUCCCAAUGGGAAACCAAACAUAACCAAUGAUCAUCUGGUGAACGGUGAACCCGAGAAGACGAAAGGGAAUCGACGAGUCAAACAUUCAGUCAUCCGAAUAAAGAAGGCAAAGCAGAAAAUGUUAAUUCAUAACAGCGAGGCUCUGCUGUCCUGUAAAGUCUGCCAGAUUUUACGUGGGUCGACAAACAUGCUGAUCAAACACGCCUGGAGUCAUGUGGACGAGCGAGAAAGGCUCUGUGGAGUGUGUGGAGAGCAGUCAGUGUCUGCAGAACAGCUCAGAAGUCAUCUUCAGACUCACCAGAAAACGCACACCUGCAACAUCUGCGGGAAGUCCUUCCUCACCGUCGUCGGCUACAGGGGUCACCUCGCUCGACACAAGGGAAACACUCCGUACAAAUGUAGAACCUGCCACAAAGCGUUCCCUGAGAAGUGGGUGCUGAAGAACCAUGAGUCCCGGGUCCAUGCAGUGGAUAAGCCACACAGAAAAAACUUUUCCAAGUUGAAGCUCAAACUUCACCGGCCGACCAAUCAUGCGGAGGGGAAGCCACACAGCUGCAAUGUGUGUGGGAAGCGCUUCCGCCACCUGGAUACUUUGUCUCAACAUGUGGCACUUCACUCGGGUAGCACGGCAGCCACAGACAGACGGAUCCAUACAAAGAACCACAGCAGGGAGAGGUUGUUCGCUUGCGAUAAAUGCAACAAGAAGUUCUUUCACAAGUCAAACGUGGUGACUCACAUGAGAGUCCAUACUGGAGAGAAGCCUUACAAGUGCACACACUGUGGGAAAGGUUUCAGCCAGGGCCACUGUGUGAGAAGACACCUGCUGAUCCACCAGAAGAAGAAGUACCACCAACAAACAGAGCAGCUUAGUAGGGUUGAAACUGAAGACAGUUAUGCUAAGGUGGACGGCAUGCCCUCUCCUCAAAAAUGAAACUAAAAUGUGGUGGGUGUGUACAGUACUGACCCAGAGGGGGAAAGAUGUGCCUCACCCUCAAUACCGACCGAUCUCUGGGGAAAGUUAGCUUAUAGGUUUCUAGAUAGUUAGAAGGUGAGUGUUCAAGACGGCCCAGACGGUAGCGGCUGAAGUUCAAGGGAUGACAGUGGUUCCUGAUAACGUCACCAAUGUAAGAGGGUACCAUCCAUUUAUUCCAUAUUUUCUUUCACUUUUUAACAGUGGGCUGCUUUUUUUAUUCUUACUUAAACUAAUGGUUACAUUCAGUGUUCUUUACAAUGUCAGAAAGGCAACUUCUCAGGAUCAGCUGAGGCCUUCGAAUGCCUUGAUUUGUUCAGACCAAAACUCUGAAACCCAAAGGUUAUUCAGUUUACAAACAAAGUAAAUAUUGAGUAUUUUUUGUGUUUACCAAUAAAACUAGUGCUCUUAAAGCAGGUAGGGCGUUAUCUUUUUUGGCCAGUAUUAGAUAUUUGCCAGUAAAUGAAAAUUUAAAAUAAAAAAAUAAGUACAUUAGUAAGUACACAUAACAAAUGUUAUGUUUUGUGUUUCAAAUGAAAAAUAAAAAAUAUCACCUGAGAUAUUAGAAUAUCA